AAUGGCGCUGGCAGGAUCGAGAAAUCAGGCAUCGCAUAUGGGCGGAAGCAAAAUCAAGUGCUUCGCUGAGGACCUUGGCCACCGGAAGUGAGUGGAGUUACGUGGAAAGCUUUGGGCGACAUGAUCUGAUUAUGUAAGCAUGUCUUACCCAUAGCUCGGAAGCUGGCUCGUUCCCUUAACCAGUCGAGUCCAGAACACAGCUGAAGCCAACGCUCUACAAUGCAGAAUCACUUGUCGCAAUUACCAGCGCCGUUGCCGCUUUAUAUCCUACUGGAGCUGCCUAAUUUGAAAGCCUUAUAUGCCGCUAUCUUGUCAUCACCGCACUUGUACGCGACGUUUCGCCUGAACGCUCGCCAUGUGUUUGACACUAUCGCUCAUCGGAGCAUGCCCAAUGAGCUGAUCAAUUUGAUCUAUAUGCAUCUUCAUCUACAGCAGCAACCAUCCGACGAGUUCAAAAUGGAUCUUUUUGGAGAUUUUCAAGUCCAAGAUCGAUUCAGAGCAGUGAAACUAGCCCUAGCGAGCUCACGGCACACGACUUCUGCUGCGAACGUUUUUCGUGUGGUCGCUCAAGGUGUGCUUCUCUACGACAUAGGACGUUUCAUCCUCCGGUCUAAGCUUGAUUAUCUUAAGACUCUCCAGCUCCAGAAGCUGGCGGACCCGCGGUUCAAUUACAUGCUCUAUGACCGCGAUUUAGUCAUGCGACAAAAUCCUGAAGGUACCACGUUACAUCUAGCCGCAAGUUUCGGAGAUCCUAGCUGGCUGGAGGAAGGUCGUGUUCUAUGGGGUUUGUGGAGAUUGAGUAUCGCAAGGCUCAUAUCACAUAAAUUUGCAGCAUGUUCCUAUGGUAACGCUUUAGAUUCUGUCGUUCGCACGCAGGUCAACUUUUCGCCCCUUGCCCAUCGCUGGACAGACAACAUAAUAGCAGAGAUCACCAAUUCUAUGGUGGCAGGGACAAGGCUGCAACCGCCAGCUAGCGCGCGAGCCUCAUCACCGAAACCAAUUGAUCUCGACCAUCUAACUGUAGUGCAGCCUUAUCUGAUCCCUCAUCCUCCUUACUUGACGAUUAUCCCAAGCUCUAAAGAAUUGGUACCAACUGCUCCAGUGUUUUCAUGGUGUCCUGCAGACGUGUCGGAGCCAUCACACCAUUCUGUUGUAUGGUCUCCGUUUGACGCUGAAUUCCAAAGAGAGAACCCAUCCGCCAGAUACGUUCGUGCGAUGGAAAAUGCCCCUUAUGGCCCGAUACAAGCCCAGUGUAGUGAUGUUUUCGAUCGUCUAGGGUUUGGGUUUUGGGACACUCGGCGGAUUUGCGCUGAUUUCGAACUCCGGAUGCCUCGCCGGCACCUUGAAAUGGACCCAUCCCUCUAUGGCCAAGGUGGACCUAAGCAUGUCAGCAUGAGCGGCGGCUUGUUCCGUCUGCUUGGUAUAUACAAGCAAGAAAGAGAGCGUGAAAAGGAUGGCUGGAAGAGGGCAGUGUACUCAAUGCGGUCUGAUCUAGGGCGACGGGCUGCUUCAACCGAUCAUUGAGUCCGUUUAUGGCCGUCUCUACCAAUUGGGAAUGUCUUGCUGUGUAUAUAAUCAUCAGCACCUGCGACUUACCGUUCAGAGUGUUGUCGCUAUGUUGUGAGAUUGGUGGAAAUUGUGUAGACCUGAGGAAGGACCGACUGAGACCAAUCGACUAAAGCUAACGAAUACCCAAGCGACGAACGCGUUCUGUCUCGACGUCCAUUCCGUAUGACAUCACCUGCCAGGUGUCUGCUUUCUGCUUG